AUGCUGGGGCAUCUGUCUAAAGACGUUGGUCAAUAUAUUUGCUCUAUAGAUGAUAGUUGUUUUGUAUUACUUAAUACAGGUCGCGAGCUUGUAGAAUCAGAUAAUGGUUUACUUUCAACAGUUGCACAUAAACUUGGUCCAAAUGCAAAUACUUGCUAUGCAUUGGAAGGUGCUAUAUCAAAUGCAGGAUCAACUGUGUCGUGGUUAAAAGAAAGUUUAAAAAUAAAUACAGAAAUAAAUUCAAAUGAUAAUGUAGUUGAGGUACUAAAUACUUACCUUGGUGAAAAUUCUAUGAUAUCAUCAUCAUGUUCGUCAAAUAUGUUAAAUACUGAUUGUGGAUUAGCGUCGAAACGUUCUGAAAUAACAUUUGUACCUGCAUUUAAUGGGCUAUAUUCCCCAUAUUGGCGUUAUGAUUCAAGAGGAAUAAUGUUGGGAUUAACUAGUCAAACAACCGCACAAAAUGUCACACAAGCUGCAUACGAAAAAUGCUCCAAAGUUUUGGAGCAAUAG